AUCCAGUAUUAGCAUCACACAGCACUCCAUUGCAUUGGGAGGCAGUAACGCGGUUGGACACAUAUCCAGCAUCUGUCAUUCGUUCCUGUAAAACCGAGCAAAGGGCCGUUGAAGACAGAGGAUUCCAUCAUUGCAGCACCGAAUGGUUCAGCAGCAGCAUCGUCAGGAUCGAAACCUACUCUCCCAAGUCAGCAGCGGCGGUAGUGGCAGCAGUGGUAGCACCAAUACCAGUAGUGAAGGCAACGACUACAACAACAGUGCUGCGUUAUCUUCUCCGUUCGUCAAUAUGCUCCAAUAUCCUCCAAUGCACGAUCACCUGCUCGGAGCAACGCCAAAGCCCGUCGCACCGCCCAGCAGUGGCGUCUUAGGAUUGUCUACCAAUGGGUCGUCCUCUCCCCUAGGGCCGAGAUCAUUACACCGCCACACGACUUAUCAACCAACGUUGCUUCCACUCAAGGAGAGUCUCAUUGCACCGAAGCAGGAAACCAAACCCAAGUUGGACCUGAGCAUGCCCAACUUUCCUCAAAAGACCCGCAAGCGACACAAGGUCGCUACAUCCUGCAAUCGUUGCCGUCAAAAUAAGCGUAAAUGCGACAGUGGAAUACCCUGUUCAAACUGCAAGAGAAACAAAGCAGACUGUCUUUACACGGAUGCGCAACAAUCUCGCUCAACCUGGGGAGAUUCGCCACUCAGUCAGGAGAAGGUCCAAGGGGUGUCCACAGCGGAUCUGGAAACGGACUCGACCUCAGCGAGUCCUCCUAGCCUCCCAACAACAGCAUCAUUAUCUUCCGUCUCAUCAUCAACAUCGGCUGUAGCCAAGGAGCCUGAAAAGUCAUCAGCAAAGGAUCCAUCAGCAAUGUCAUUAUCCAAAAAACCCAGUAUAUCUAGGGCUCCGGUUGCAGCAGGGGUCUCAAAUGUGGCUGCAACAUCAGCAACCAGUGCCGUUCAAACGAUCUCUCUCCAUGUACCAACAUCGCUCUUCAAUCUGGGGCAUGCAUCGAGUCAGCAGGAUAGGAUUCUUGACAGGAGGAAGGAGACAGUGGCGGCCCAGUCAAAACAAAUCGCAAAGGCCAUUCGAGUCGCGCAGCCAGGACCUCAACUUGAUCUUUCGGAUCUCAUCCCCACCGAGACAUCUGUAGACACAGCGCAGAGGAUUCUGGGCGUGAAAAUAGAACCAUCUUAUUCUGGAUGGACGAAUCCGACCACAGGCUCGACGACACAGCCCGUCUUGGCCUUCCAUAGCCAGUCGGGGCCCAGACCAGUGUUUCGGCAGGACGCGACUGUGGGACAUUUAUCGCCACCGCCAUCUCAGCAAACACAGCUCGCAUUUCAGGUCCGGCAAGUUAGGCAGGAGGGUCUUGACGAGAGAACAGCUGUCCUUCCGACUCCUGUACAGCCGUCAUCUCCUUAUCCUGAUCCCUCAAAGCGAUUGCUACAACCAUCUACACUCCUUGAAAGUCAUGACAAAAACCAGCCGCAACUGGGGUUCUCGAACCCGUCCGGAAACCAUCCACUGUCUUCGCAACAGCGUUUUCCUCUUUCAUACCCAGACAGUGGAGCAUCAAAUUUUGCAGGGUUCGCGCCGUUGGUCCCAUCCCAGGGAGUCAAUUAUGGAUUAGCAUCUCAAGGAUUUCAGGACGGAGGUGUUUCUUCCCGUAGUCUUCAUCUUCCUAUGUAUGAUCAGCGGGAUGUUUCAGGGCCUACGAAUUCGGGGAUCAACAGUGCUUUUGUACAACAGCAACAGCAGCAACAGCAACAGCAACAGUAUAACCUAUCGCCUAGUCCAGUGUCGCCACAGCAGCCAUAUGACACAACAGCUACUCUCAACUCUAGUGCAGUAGUGUCGCCUAAAUACAAACAGCAGCGGCAACAGCAGGUCUCUACCAGCCCUGAAACCCAGCUGGAUCCCAACCAUACUAUUUCGUCCGCAGCACCUGCCUCUUCGAUCGGCGUAGCAAGUCAGUUCUCUCCAAUCGGUUCCUGGGAUGGUUCUGCACUUCAACCGCAGGGUCAAAUGGAGUGGCGAGGCUCUAGCGCUCCACACCAGUCUACAGAAUACCCUAAGCAAAGUUUCGUCCGACAGCCCAUCUCCAAACAGCAACCGCCUUUUAACUUCAACCAUGUCUCCAGCCAGCCUUCGGUUAAAAUCACUCCAGCCGAAUUAACGCCUUCGUCAGCUUUUACGACACAUCGAGGGCACUCAUCGCAGCAUUACUCGCCACUAUCCGUACCUGUAUCUACACUCCAAACUGAAGAUAGGGCAGAGACUAUGAGGAUGCGGAGGAUUGCCAAGGAUAUGCUGGAUUGCAAGAAUUACGAUUACAGCGUCUUGCUUCCACGACACAUCUCGCAGGAGUACGAUGAGUUCUGGGUCGCACCCCGAUCCACAGCACCAAACAAUCUUCAGGGAAUCCCUCGUCAGCUCUUGAUGCUUCCAAAGGACGCCAACUUUUUGAUCGACGUUUUUUUCGAGAAUGCUUGCUUUUAUUACCCUAUUGUCAAUCGUGCCUUGGUCGAGAUGCAUCUCAUGGAACCCGAGACACCCCAGGCACUGUUCCUGUUGAAUAUCGUCUUUAUGACCGCCUGCAAACACCUUGCAAGACACACGGACAUCAAACGCGCCAUCCAGUUCCGGGAGCGUGCGCGCGAGAUCCAGCGUUACAUCGAUGGAAAAGCCCGAUUAACCAAGUUGCUGGGCAGGGCGCUAGGCUCUCAAGUCAUUUAUGGGGUUUUCGCUAUAGAUAUUGGGCUCGCUCAAUUCUGUGGUACAUAUCGUCCUAUACCAACCACUGACGGAUACGAAGAGGCUGAGUCGUCGACUGAUCUUGCGGCAGAGAGUCGUUCGCUCAUUGCCAACAGAGGUGUUAUCCCCGAGUCAGUCUACCAGCAGCGUCUUUGGGCGUUCUGGGCACAUUACGCUCGUGAUGCGAUGGCGAGGUUGUAUUUUGGGUGGCCACACGGACUCGAUAGUAUGGCUGUUUUUGCUGAAUUGCCAAGGAUCAAGGGUUGUGUGGGCCUUGGUGGGAUGCGAAAGAACCUAAUGAGACAGAACGGACUUGAUGGAGCCGUGACGGGAAAGCGAAGGGGCCCGGCAAUGAAGAAGAAACAAGUCCAACGAGAGAAGAAGCAGAUGAGGGCGAAAACUGCUACAAUCCGGUCUGGGCGUGAUAUGUAUCGCAUGGCAUCAUCUACCUCGGACGAUGAUGACGAUGACGAUGACGUGGCGGAGGAGGACGACGAUGAGAGCGAUUUGGAACAGGAUGAAUUCGCGGCCACGGGGGAGCCAAGCGUGGAUAUGAAGGACGAAAGCCAUCACGCAGAUGCAGAUAUGGGACACAGGCGUUCGUCCGGAUUGGAGAAUUCACGUACCAAUACAACAUCGAACACACUGAAAUCGACUGUCGGCGGUACAAAUUGGCAAACAAAGGACAGAACGCCAUCGUUCUCUGGACUUUCAAAGCAUUUGCUUGAGAGACAGAGUCGAGGCGAAGAUAUCAAUCGUCGUCAGGGUGGUUCGGGACCAGGAUCAGGAUCAGGAUCAGGGUUGGGCUCGCGCUCUGCAGAAGUGAGACGUCAUUUAGACCGCAUGAAAGUGCUUCUUGAGGCCGAGAGCGAUAUCACCGAUGGGGGAACGUAUGCGAGGAUAUUGUUCCUAGAAGAGAUCAAGCUGUGGUCGAUCGGACGCCGUGUCGGCCUCUACUUGCAGGGUCGCAAUACCUCGCUGACCGUGAGUCCAGCUGCCGCGGCGAUGGGAUCUUAUUCGCCAAACAACACCCGGGGCUCGACUGCUGAGAGCAACGAUCCCUUUGCUUCGACCAUCUCAGCGACUCUGGAAGCAAGUCGUUGUUCUGAAAAUGCAUGGCUGGAGGACAAGGAGCUGCAGAGUCUUCAGGCGGAUUUGAUCGAGUGGGAGCAGGCCUUGCCGCCGAUCUUCAAGUUCCGUCAGGAUGUGAAGCAGCUGGACAUCAACCACAAACUCAAUGGCAAACUCAGUGUUCUGGCAAUGUACUAUUACACCAUCACAAUUAUGUUGCAGUCCUCGUAUCUUCCUAUUCCACAGCAUCUCUCAUCAUCCUGGCGGUCGCCUGCAGUGAAGACGCCUGAGAGCAUCAGUCGUGAGUACGAUGGCCUCUUCAGCAGGUGCGCUUCGGAGGACAGUGGACCGCGCAUCAAACGUGAAGCUGAAUCGCCUCAGCUGGGCAGUAAUGGCUAUUUCAACACAGCCCAUCAGAUCUGCACGCAGCUGUCGAACGUGCUCUAUCACCACGUAGAAUUGAUGCUAGAUUCCUAUCCAAACUGGUGCACGAUUCAGGUCAAGGUGAAUCAAACCCUGACCGCCGCGCUCCGUGUCUCGUGCCUGAACGCCCGACUCAGCAGCAACUCGAAGACCAUCCGUGACGAGGCCAAGGCUGGGUUCAAGAUGGGAUCUGAUUUGUUCAAACGCCAGGCUCUGUUGCCGGAUCCCCUGACGGUCCGAGACUGGCCUGCAGAGGAAGAUGUCCAGGUGAUGCUGGACCUUGAGGAAGAGUUCCGGGAGCUGAUGACGACUCAAGAGGAACAGGAGACACCAGGGGCUCUCGGUCGAAGUAGGGAUAAUAGUGAGGGCUUUGGUGGAUAUGAGGAUCCGGGUGAACAUCUGCUUUACACGCCUGAUUCACAUGAUGGAGUUGCGAUAGUGAAUCAGGGGUUUGCUGUGGACACAAGCCUGGGUCCACGACCGUACGGCUUUUUCCGCGCGGAGCAUGUCUUUGGUAUGAGCGAGGAGGGCUUUCAUUUUGAUUACGAUAUCAACGCUUGAAGAUGAAAGAUGGAGGCAACAUGAAUCGCUCUUUCUAAUAAAGAAGGCGUGUAUAAUAGAACGCUUCACCCCCAAAGAUAU